GGUAAUAACAGUUUAUGUUUAACGAGGAAGUUGAAGGCAUCACGAGAACGUGAGUCAAUAUCAUCAGUUUUUCCUCAAUCUGUCGUUACACUUAUUAUUGCAGUAUUUCUGUUAUUGAAACUAAAGCAACAAUAUGCAGAAAUACAUCAUACUGUCUACAUUAUUGUUUGGCAAUAUAGUUUCUUUAUCGCUGAAAUACACAUCCAUUAGUCUAAACAAUGAAUGGGAACUGUACAAGAAAUCAUUUAAUAAAGUGUAUAAAGAUAAUAUUGAAGAAUUACAAAGACGAGUGAUCUGGGAAGACAAUGUCUAUUUUAUUGAGCAUCACAAUAUGGCAGCAGAUCGUGGAGAACAUACUUACUGGCUGGGAAUUAACCAUUUUGCCGACAUGUCAGAGAAAGAAGUGACUCAGAAAAUGAAAGGAUACAAAAGGUCAAACGAUGUCGUAAUAGGGGGUUCUACAUAUCUCCCACCAAAUAAUGUACAAGUUCCAGAUGAGGUUGACUGGCGACAACAAGGUUAUGUGACUCCUGUAAAAGAUCAGGGACAGUGUGGAUCUUGCUGGUCAUUUUCUUCAACUGGUGCUCUGGAAGGUCAACAUUUCAGGAAAACUGGAAAUCUGGUUUCCUUAUCAGAACAGAACCUUGUAGAUUGUACUUUUAAGUAUGGUAACGAUGGGUGCGCUGGAGGCUGGAUGUACAGUGCAUUCCAGUAUGUUGAAGACAAUAAUGGAAUUGAUACAGAAACAUCUUACCCAUAUGAGGCAAAGAAUGGGACCUGCAGAUUUCAAGAGUCCGAUGUCGGGGCUACAGACACAGGUUAUACCAAAAUCCCACAAGGUGAUGAACAGGCUUUGAAAUCUGCCGUCGCAACAGUAGGUCCGAUAUCAAUAGCGAUUGAUGCUGACAGAAAAUUUCAACUUUAUGAGAGAGGUGUAUUUGAUGAACCAGCCUGUAAUGCUUCGUUCACUGACCAUGCAGUUUUAAUUGUUGGAUAUGGUGUACAAAAUGAUCAAGACUAUUGGUUGGUUAAAAACAGUUGGAGUGAAAGCUGGGGAAUGGAUGGGUAUAUCAAAAUGUCCAGAAACAAAGACAACCAAUGUGGCAUAGCUUCUUACGCAAUGUAUCCACUCGUUUGAUAGCUUCUCGUGAAGACAAAACACAUUGCACCAAAGGUCUUGUGGUUCAUAGCUUAUCGUGAUGACUGCUUUGUAUAGACACGUAACAUCUUGUUACAUACAUGUAACAUAUUGUAAAGAAAAAAAAUUGUGUCCCCAUGGGAUUCGUGUUUGAUAGUAUUGCCAAUGGACCAAUUACUUAACGGACAAAGUGUGUUUUUUUUAAUCAUUUUCAAGUUUGGUGAGAUUUUAUAUUCUAUAUUUUGCUUUGUUUUUUGUUUUUUGUUCGAAAUUGUAAUUCACAUUGGUAGGUGUGUUCUCUCUAUCGUAUGGAAAGGAACAACGAUACAAUAUGUGUGUGCUCCUUAUAUACAACAUGCAACGUUAUUUACAGAAUGAAUGUUCCUUCCUUUAAGACGAACAUAUAUUUUGUAUAAAAUAACUGUGUUUUUUAUUGUUUGUUUUUUAUUACUUUGAAUCAGGAUGUUAAUGUGUACUACAUCAGAGAAUUUUUUUUGUAAAUAUAAAUGUAUCUGUAUUGUA